ACGCAGGAGAAAAGGGAGAUGCAGGAACUCCUGGAGCCGCAGGUCAAAAGGGUGUCCAGGGUGAGCCGGGAUUUCCAGGACUUCAGGGAGCCAUGGGCCUUCCUGGAUUUAAAGGACACAAGGGAGAGAGAGGAGAACCGGGAGCCAAAGGCAUUCAGGGUGAAAAAGGCAGCAAAGGCCUCCCAGGAUUCCCUGGUUUUCCAGGCGAAGUGGGACCCAGAGGCAGCAAAGGAGAGAAAGGUACGCCGGGUGAAACUGGGGUCAAAGGUCGUGACGGACAGAAGGGAGACACGGGACACAUGGGUGUAGUCGGACCGCGUGGAUUCCCCGGUCAGGACGGUUUGCCAGGGCUUCCCGGCGCUCCGGGCUUUCCAGGGAAGCCUGGUAAGCCUCCCUCAGAGGAGUCCUUAAUAAAACUCUGUGGGGACAUUUUGAGAAAUCAGCUGCCGCAGCUACUGCAGAUGAUGAAUCCUCAGCGCUGUGAACACUGUGAGACCAUUAAGGGACCGCAGGGACCCCCUGGAGCUCCAGGGCCUAAAGGGUCCACCGGGUCCCCUGGGUAUCCCGGCAGACAUGGUGCUCAGGGCUACCCAGGGCCUCCGGGCAUUCAAGGACCUCCGGGAGUCAAAGGGGACAUGGGCACAAGGGGAUUUAAGGGCAAUAAAGGAGAGAGCAGACCAGGAUACCCAGGGCCUCCUGGAGACACAGGGAUUCAGGGUCCUCGCGGCAGUGAUGGCAUUGGCAUUCCGGGCCCUCCGGGAAUCACAGGUAAAUCCGGGGCUCCGGGCGUUCCAGGGAAGCAAGGUCCCCCAGGGCCGGCCGGAGUGUGCGACAUGUCCAUCUGCUACCAAUCAUAUGACCUCAGGGAGGAGCGCUACAGUAAAGGACCCGAUUUCUAACACACGCGCUUGAGUGAACACAUGGGCUCAGCUCUCAGAUGGACAAAAGCCACAUCCAGAGGAAUUUACUGACAUGGCUUUGGACGUUGUCUGUGCAUUGCUAUGGUGCAAGGAAACAUCAGGGGCUUGUAGAAGAACAACAGUCAUUAGAGAGAAAUUUAAAGACAUGAAACCUGCCUUUUGAUGCACAAAGAGUGGAUCAGUAAACAUCAUUAGCACAAUAGUACAUACAUGAGGUAAUUUGCAAAACAAUACUGCAAAUAUAUUAAUGUGGAUAGAUGUCAAUGUCAUGAACAUUAGUUUAAUUAAUUAUGAGGCAAAUGGCUAUUUUGUUUGCAACAUGUUAUGAGAUGCAGUAAUAAAAGCAUUAGCUCGUUUGUGUUCUAGUACUAAUGAAGACUUCAGGGACAGAUGUUAAUAAUAAAGGGGAUAAGCUUCAUGUUUAUGUUUGUGUUUGGCAAAAAUAUGUUUUUAAUCUUGACUUCAACAAUACUUGACUUGGGAUGUUGGAUUGGACAGCUUUUUAAGACACAGCUGCGAUCAUAUUUUCAUAUUUAAUUGAAUUACUAACUGCUUAACAUUGUUGGCUAGGUUGAUUUAAUAAAGAGCAAUUGUUGUUUUAUAUGAUUUACAUACUUGUGUACUUUUUUAUUCUUGGCACUGCCUGAAGGGAAGGUAAAUACACACUAACCUCACUGAAUAUUAAAUAAAAGGAACACAAACCUUUAUAAUCAAAGCUAUUCAGUUCUGUGUAUUUUAUUCUUCUCUUUUGGCAGUAACGUGUUUCAGCUGUGUAAGGUUUGGCAGAUGUAAUUAUUUUAAAUACUGUUUUUGUAAGUCCAUGCAAAGUGCUUGUUACAUAAAUAUUGUCUUCCAGUGAAAUCUUGGAUAUCUCAAUUUUCUCUUCUAUAAUCUUUUUCUAUCGAACAUUCAAUUCUAAUCUGUUGUUUUAUUCAUAUUUUUAAAUGAUGCAAAUCUAAUCUGUCAAGAAUGACUUUGUGUGAA